AUGGCCGAUGAAGUGAUUCUGUUGAAUUUCUGGCUAAGUCCUUAUGGGAUGAGGGUCAGGAUUGCACUAGAGUUGAAGGGUAUCAAGUAUGAGAUUAGAGAAGAGAACUUCAGCAACAAGAGCCCUUUACUCCUUCAAAUGAACCCAGUUCAUAAGAAAGUACCUGUUCUCAUGCACAACGGCAAACCCAUUUGUGAGUCACUCAUUGCUGUUGAGUAUGUUAAUGAGGUAUGGAAUGAUCAAUCUCCGUUGUUGCCUUCUGAUCCUUACCAAAGAGCCCAAGCUAGGUUCUGGGCUAACUAUGUUGACACAAAGGUAUAUGAAAGCGCCAUACAGUUUUGGACAACUGAGGGAGAAGAGAAAGAAGCUGCGAAGAAAGAUUUUUUGGAUUAUCUUAAGUUGUUGGAAGAACAAAUGGAGGACAAACCUUAUUUUGGUGGAGACAACUUUGGCCUUGUGGAUGUUGCACUUGUUCCUUUGUUCUGUUUUUUUUAUACCUAUAGUGCCUAUACCAGUUUCAUCAAUGAGGCCCUGUACCCCAAAAUCAUUGCUUGGGCUAAGAGGUGCACUCAAAUUGAGAGUGUCUCCAAGUGUUUUCCAGAGGAGCAAAAGGUCCAAGAGUACGUUGCUCAGAAGAGAAAGGAUUUGAACAGGGCGUAG